AUUGAAGUUGAACAACUUGGGGCUUACUUGGGCUUGGCUUAAAUCAUCAAUUUGACCAUGGAUGGGCUCCAGUUUGGCGCUAUAAUUAUUGCUGCAUUAGGCACUAUUUACCUCACGGGUAAAAGUGGUAUGAUGAUGCGAAAACUUCAAGAAAUAGCUACAGGCAAGGCAGGGUGUGUGCCGGCCGAAGACCUGGGUUUUGUCACCAUACACUACUUCGCUGGUCGAGGUCGAGCAGAAGCUAUUCGACUCCUGCUGAAGCAAGCCAAUGUACCUUAUAAUCAGACAGACUUCACCCGAGAAACUUGGCCUGAAGCCAAGAAAGCAGGAGUAGAACAAGGCCUAUACACAUAUGGACAAGUACCUGCUAUUGUGACAUCAUCAGGUGUAUCUAUGGUCCAGCAGCAAGCCAUCCUUCAUUACAUUGGUAGGGCUACAGGAAUGGAUUGUGACUGUGAAGAUCUCCAUCGCUGUGAGGUUCUGGCUCAAGGAGUUGAGGACGCUCGCAGCAAGUUAUCAAAGAUGAUCUAUGACCCGUCUUUUUCGCUUGCCAUGAGAAAUGAAUACUUGAGGGAGAUAGCUCCGCUUUGGCUGGGAUACUUUGAGAAGAUAGCUCCCUCGAUACCCUCCCAGCAAAAUGGAUAUUUUGUAUCUCAUCGACUGACCUGGGUGGAUUUCCUCAUCUUUGACCUCCUCGACACCAAUGUUGAAUUUGGCAUGCUGGAUAUAGGGCGCCCUCCUGUGGCCAUCUUGGCAGAGUUCCCGAAACUCAACUCCUACUACAACCACAUGAAGGCAUUACCAAGUAUUGGAAAUUAUCACAGGAGUUCUGAGAGGCCUCCUUUUAAGAUACCAUACAUGCCUAAACCUGAAUCGAAUGCCAAACAGAUGUGAAUUUAAGCGUGUUUGUCUGAAAUAUGAAGUACUAUUCAUUUUAUUUUAGCCAACAAUCCAAUGUACGUACUUGUAGCUAUGGUGGAAUAUUUAGUGUGAAAGUUACAUGAAAUGUAAAAUUGGUUGUAUAGAGUAGCCCAAGGCUUGUUUUUGAAAACAGGAUCUGAAAAUUAUCUAGUUACUGUCUUUAUUGUGAGAAAGACAUUCCUCAUGAACAAAAAACAUACUGAAUUACGUAAUAAAAAAUCUAAUUUGGGAUUUUAAAAUUCAUUUUCACAAAUUCAUUACACAAUUAGUGUAAUGUUUAAACAUUUUAGCUUUCCAUGUUUGAACUUCAAAGAUGACUUGUCUCCUGACUGUGGAGCAUUUAAGUGCAUAAAACAUAUCUUUUGUGUUGGAUCAUUCGGAUAUUAUGAAAUUCAUCUGAAAUAUGAAUAGAAUUUAACUGACCCUAUUCUGUGCCGCCAGAAGGAGUUUGUAAGUACCCUUGCAUUAUUUUAGUUGCUUGCUUCAAGUCACAGUUGGUACUAAGCCUGAAUUGUUUACCUCGACAGCCAAUCACUGCUUGUCGUUUAGCGUCCAUUGUCUCUUUUAGGCCUAUUAUAUAUUGUUUCGUUCUUGUCAUUCAUGCAAUUUUACUCCAAUGAGUGCAUGUGGAAAAGAUUCAGUAUGUCCAUUUUUAAGGCUAUUUUAUGAUUCUGCAGUACCAAAAUUUAUUUAUUGAAUAGAAUUUAGUAGAAAUAAGUGGAUUCAAAUAUGUAAGCUUUAUCCUUCUACACAGAGUCAUCUUUCAGGAGAGAAAACUUUUAACUUAUUCUGUUUUGUGUAGUUCCCAAGGUUCUGAAGUUGAAGAUGGAUGUAUAAAUUAUUCACGGUUCAUUUUUCAGUCAUUUUGAGCUUUCAUACUUCUUUUCCUGUACACUGCCAAAUGGGUGGAACUCUCACAAAACUUCCUUCUCAUUCACCUUCAAACAUUAUAGUGAUAUGUAGUAGCAAUGUUAAUACUUGACAGAAAAGAUUAUACAUUAUUUUAGCAUAGAUUGUUGUUAUGGAAUUAUUCUGUUUAACAGAACCAAGUUCUUACAUUAAUAACCCUUUAUGGGUAUGAUCAUUUGAUUAUUUAAUUGUAAAUGUAAACCAAGUCUUUCAAAAACAGGAGGAAUUCUUCCUUUGUAAAAAGAUAGGACAGCAAAUUGUGAUACAUAAAGAUAUAUAUUCUAAAUUAAAAAUUCAAACAAGUUGAAUAUUAUUUAGCUAUUUGAUCAAAGAGCAAUAAAACCUAUGAAUACAAUCAACUGGUUAUUUCAGUGGCUGAGGUCUCAAAGGGUUUAUUAUCAUGUUAUGGUUCAACCUGUUCUAUCAAGGAGGCUAACCCCCCCCCC